CACUUUCUCAAGUCUUAGGGCAUAGAAGAGUCAACAUAGCUCUUGUUUAAAAGCUAACUCCUGGGCCCACUGUUAGCGAUUCUAAGGUAAGUCUUGGGCAAGGCCUGGGAAUUUGCAUGUUUACGCCAUGGUGAAGGGUUUGACUCUCAUACAGAUGGUCCAAAGAUGACACCAUGAGAAACACUUCCAGUAAAAUAAAUGUUAAUCCUCUGACCAGGCAUUCAGGACCCUCGGCCAUCAGGCCAUUCUCUUCAGUCUUAUUUUUCACUUCUUUCCAACUUGCUGGCUCCCCCCAUUCUACCUCUUUAGAGGCAGGAGGAUGCAUAAAAAUGCUAUGCAUCCUUCAAGGCCCAAUUCCAAGUCCAUGCCCAUGAAAAUGGCCCAGCUCCUCUCUCAGAGUGAGACCCGUAUUAACUGUGUAAGCUCUUAAGUAACAAGUCCAUGUCAUGCUUUAAAACUCACUAGGGCAUCUAGCAUCAUAGGAAAAAUAGCUUUUUAGUCAAAUAUUUUUAAUUAGAUUGGAGAACUCAAUGAGAAACUCAUAUGUAUUUAUAUUUUCACUUUACAGUCACAAAAAGUGAAGUAGAGUGUCUGAUAAUACUUUUUCAUGGCUUGAUGGAAAGAGCUGAUGUGAGAUUUGGUAAUGUUGGACUAGACCGUAAUACAUUCCGAACAGCCCUCCACAGCUUAUUUGGGAUGACGGAUGAGAAGCUAAUGAAUAGGGUAUUUUUUGCAUUUGACAAAGACAAUGAUAACUGCGUAAACGUAAAUGAGUGGGUUGAAGGAUUAUCAGUGUUUCUUCGAGGGACUUUUGAAGAAAAGCUGAAAUUCUGUUUUGAAGUUUAUUACUUGAAUGGUGAUGAUGGUUACAUUUCUCGAGAGGGGAUAUUUGACCUGUUGAGGAACAGUCUACACCAACUGUCAUCUGAGGAAGAGGCUGAUGAAGGAAUAAAAGAGCUGGUAGAUAUAACACUGAAGAAAAUGGAUUAUGACAAUGAUGGCAAGAUAUCUUUUGCAGACUUUGAAAAAGCAGUGAAAGAAGAGAGACUUUUGUUGGAGGUGUUUGGACAGUGUUUACCAGAAGCAAAGGUACAGUGCCAACAGCCCAAAUUGGUUGAGAGAACAUUAUUAAAGGAUCUGAAAAUAACACUUGCUAGACACUUUACCUUCAGCUCCCUGUAA